AUACCAGAAAGCCUCGUGGGCGUCAUCUUCGGUGUUCAGGGUCGGAAUCUGGUCGACGUCCAAUCGGCGACCGGCAGUACCAUCCAGGUCGGGCCCAAGGGGCCGUUGAAUCGGCAAAUCAGCUUGUCCGGCACGCAGGCCAGCGUGGAACUGGCCGUCGAGAUGAUCUCCCGUCGGCUCGGUCAAGAGGCCUCCCGACGACAGGCCUCGAGUGCCGGUCUCGCCUGGCAACCGGCCGCGCUCGGCACCAACCCCAUCGUCUCCGGCGCUGACUUCGGCCUCGUCUCCGCCCAACAGACCGGCAUGCCACGAGGCGCAUCGGCUCAUCUGCUCAACGACGAGCUCCUCUCUUCGCUCGACGACGACCUGCCCGGCGCCAAGUGA